GGGAAGCAGCAGCAUGAAAGAUGUAGACAAAAUUGAAACUUUAAAAGAAGAAUGGGUGUGUAAGAAAGGAACUGAUGACCAGAAUCUUAAUGGUACUGAGCAAAGCUGUGAAUUUUUUGUUGAUAACCUUUUUGAAGAAGCUCAGAAGGUUGGAGCUAUAUGCAUGCCACCAACUAAAGUUAAAAAUGAAGCUGAUAUAGUUAUUAAACUUUGGAAAAACGGAUUUACUGUUAAUGAUGGUGAACUCAGAAGCUACACAGAUGUUGCAAACCGGCAGUUCUUGGACUCAAUUAAAAAAGGGGAAUUGCCAUUUGAGUUACAAAAGACUUUUGAUGAUGAAGUGGAUGUGAAGGUGGAAAAUAAGAAAGAUGAAGUGUAUACAUUAAGGAAGCCAGUAUUUCACCCCUUCUCUGGACAAGGUUACCGAUUGGGCAGUGCAACUCCAAGAAUAAUUUCUAAAGCGAAUAAUGACCUUGAAUUUGAGAACAAAAGACCACUUCCUUCAGUAACACUAAGUGAUUUGGAACCAGUCACUAAGAUCCAGAUCUGGUUAGCAGAUGGGGAAAGGAUAGUACAAAAAUUUAAUGUUUCUCAUAGAAUAAGCCAUGUCAGAGACUUCAUAACAAAAUAUCAAGGAUCGCAGGGAAGUGUUCCCUUCAGCCUGACCACAUCUCUUCCUUUCCUAGAGCUGCUAGAUGAGACACUCACUCUGGAGGAAGCUAAUUUGCAAAAUGCUGUUAUUGUUCAAAGACUUCAGAAAAUAACUGAGCCUUUCAGAAGUUUUUCAUAGUGUUUAGUUCUAAGAAUACCUUGAGUAUGACAUGCUGCUGCAAGUAAUGGCCAAAAGCCAUAAAGACUUACCCAAAUAAAUUAGGUUUCAACUCACCAAAAGACUAUAUAUAAAGUUGAACUAAACUAGACAAAACCAAAAAAAAAUCAACCCACUGAACAGCAAUAUCUAGAUGCACUGUAUCAUCUCCACAAAGCUGCACUCUUAAAAAGCAAAAUAUGUGUCAUGCUGUAGUUUGAGGAAUUUUCUAAGCAUUUCAGUGUUUGGAUACUGACAGUAAUGAAGCAUCUUCAUCUAAGUUCCUCCUAGCUAGAAAGCACCGAUGGUUUUUUUAAAGGGAUGUUUGGGUUGAAAUCUUGACUCUAAAAGAUUGGUGUUAUACCAGCAACUUCAAUGAAAAUUUAUCAAAUGUAUUUUUUCUUUUCGGUUUGGACAGUGAAACUAAACUAGUUGGUUUCACUCAUUUUUCCAUCAGGCAAUUUCAGGUUGUGAUUAUUUUACACUGUUUAGAUUUCAGAUGCUUUAAUGACAGACUUGCAUUUAAACAUUUCUCACUAUUUCCAUAGAACCUCUUAUUUUAAAUAAAUCAUGAAAAGCUGCUGAAAUUUAGGUUGUGUUAAAAGUUACAUUUUGGGACUUUCCUUUCAAAGCCGGUUUUACAGUUGUGCAUAGAAAAUGUAAGACGGGAAUGAGUUGGCACUAUUGCAUACUAUAUGUAAGGUGCAUCAAUGUAACUCUUGAGAUUUGGUAUUUCUACUGGUUAAAGUAGCUGCUUGGCUCACUGGCAGUUCUGUUCUUAUCACCAAUGGAAUGUCACAACAGGUGUGCAUUCAAUUACUUGUGCCACUAGCAGCAUAGACCAUUCUGACACAUGUAAGACACAAGCACAAUCCAAAUUCUAAUAGUAGACAGAAGAUGGCUACGGAGAUAUGUAUAUAUGUAGUGAAAAUACAAACCUCCAUCAAAUUGCAGAGUUAAUUUGCACAUGUAAGUCUUCCAAUAAAUCCAAAAUCUUUAUUAGGCAAUAAAGAUAUUUCCUUCUCUA